AUGGUGAAGGCCGGGUUCGCCGGCGACGACGCGCCCCGGGCGGUGUUCCCCAGCAUCGUGGGGCGGCCGCGGCACACGGGGGUCAUGGUGGGCAUGGGGCAGAAGGACGCGUACGUGGGCGACGAGGCGCAGUCCAAGCGUGGUAUCCUCACCCUCAAGUACCCCAUCGAGCACGGCAUCGUCUCCAACUGGGACGACAUGGAAAAGAUCUGGCAUCACACCUUCUACAACGAGCUCCGCGUGGCCCCCGAGGAGCAUCCCGUCCUGCUCACCGAGGCGCCCCUCAACCCCAAGGCCAACCGUGAGAAGAUGACCCAGAUCAUGUUCGAGACCUUCAACACCCCCGCCAUGUACGUCGCCAUCCAGGCCGUGCUCUCCCUCUACGCCUCCGGGCGAACCACCGGUAUCGUGCUCGACUCCGGUGACGGUGUGAGCCACACGGUGCCCAUCUACGAGGGGUACGCGCUGCCCCACGCCAUCCUCCGUCUCGACCUCGCCGGACGCGACCUCACCGACCACCUCAUGAAGAUCCUCACGGAGCGCGGCUACUCCUUCACCACCACGGCGGAGCGCGAAAUCGUCCGCGACAUGAAGGAGAAGCUCUCCUACAUCGCCCUCGACUACGACCAGGAGAUGGAGACCUCCAAGACCAGCUCCUCCGUGGAGAAGAGCUACGAGCUGCCCGACGGCCAGGUCAUCACCAUCGGCGCCGAGCGCUUCCGCUGCCCGGAGGUGCUCUUCCAGCCAUCCUUCAUCGGGAUGGAAGCCGCGGGGAUCCACGAGACCACCUACAACUCCAUCAUGAAGUGUGAUGUGGACAUCAGGAAGGACCUCUACGGCAACAUCGUCCUCAGUGGUGGCACCACCAUGUUCACCGGCAUCGCCGACAGGAUGAGCAAGGAGAUCACCGCCCUCGCGCCCAGCUCCAUGAAGAUCAAGGUCGUCGCCCCGCCCGAGAGGAAGUACAGUGUGUGGAUCGGAGGCUCCAUCCUCGCCUCCCUCAGCACCUUCCAGCAGAUGUGGAUCGCCAAGGCCGAGUACGACGAAUCCGGACCAUCCAUCGUCCACCGGAAAUAUCAUCACUACUACUGCUGCCGGGGCGCCCGUCCGAUCGCCAUCGAUGAUCCUUUUUUUUCCUUGUUUCCCUUUCUUUUUCUUUCUUGCCAAUCUUUCUACAUAAAUCAUGUUUUCUUUUCUCACUUCAAUUUUAUUUAA